UGGAAAUACGUUGAAACUAAAGCUAAACCCGGCAGAUGACGCCUCCGCGGUCUCAGUCCAAAUGCUCUUGUUACUUGAAGUGGCCUACGGACCUGCAUUCCCUAUGGCAAAAAGGAGAAUGAAUGGCCCUUCGAUGAGAAAAGUUUUGCCAGAUCCCAGCCAAGUACUGCCAUGUGACCCUGAGGUCAGGAAAGUCCACCACUUUAGCUUCAAUGUCGACGAAGAAGGAGCUGAAGAUUACAGACCGUUUGGGAGUACUUUUUCUGAUUGGUUCCGUGCCAGAAGAGCCAUUGCCUUAAGUCUUCUGUAUCUUCAAAGGCUACGAGAGCAAGCCUUUGCAAAAGCACAAAGGUCAACAAUAAGGCCAUGCCAUGCAAGUGCAAGAUCUUCAAGAAGCGAAGAAUGUAAUCAUCAAGUCCUCCGUGUGCCGCGCUUUCCUGCAGGAAGCAGUCGUUGAAGUCCUGCAACAUGUUAAAAUCCUCGAAGACAGAUUAGCUGCACCACCAGAGAUAAAGUUUGGUCAAGCAAUAAUCCCACUCCUAUAUAAGCUAGUCCCUUCCCUUGACUCUCCAGGAAUUCUGCACGCGUUUGGCGGCCUGCCAAAUCCUCCCGUUUUGAAUCAAGUUCCUGCGAUCCACCUCAAGCCACGCGUGGCUUCCCUCAUUUCAGAUGCUUUCACGAGAAGAUAAAAUCAAGGCGGCAUGACUUUGAUAGAUAAGAGCCAAUGGUUACUGGAUCGUGGGUGGAACAAGUGCAGUUAUGACUUCAUCUGGAGCUGUGUUGUCUGUAGAAAGAUGGAUUUCUGCAGUGGAAAUGGCAGAUCUGCAGAGGAACAGACCUACUAGAACCUGCUCCACUGCUUCCCGUUUGUGCAGUGGACUACUUUGGCCCCUUUCCAUCCGCGAAAGAAAAGAAAUGAAGUACGGAGUUCUAUUCAUGCUUAACUUCAAAACCAUUCAUUUGAAACUUUACUUCAUGAAACGGAUGCCUUUAUAAGUACCUUCCGUCAUUUUAUAUGCCGCAAGGCCGAUUCACCAACUACGAGCGACCAGGAACGAAUUUUGUUGGCGCCAAGCAUGAGUUGAAAGGCUGCGCUUGCAGAACUCGACCACGAACGCAUCAAAGCAGAAUUACUUCAGAAGAAUUGUGAUUGGUUCGCCUUCGCUAUGAUAUGUUCCAUCUUCAAAGCCACAUGGGUGGAGUUUGGGGCAAGAUCCGUACAGUCAGAAGUGUCCUGUCCCCACUUCUUCAGAAUAAUGGCCUACAGCUGGACGACGAGUCGCUUAGAACGUUCAUGUGCGGGUGGAGCCAUCAUUAAUAAGCCGUCCGUUGACAGUUGAUCUCUUAAGACCCAGGUUCGUUGAGCCCCUUGACGCAACCACUUACUCACUAUGAAGACGAAAGUUGUUCUCUCGCCACCUGGAGUUUUUCCGGCAGCCGACAAGUUCUGCAAGAAAGCGUUGGGCGUAAUCCAUAUUUAGACAGGUUCUGUCCACGAUGGCGGAAGAAUACCCGCCAGCACAACAACGUCAAAGUGGACAAUGUCCCGGAAAAUGUGGGUGUGGACGACAUCGUUAUCAUUAAAGAUAUUCUUGCUCCCGCAGUCGUUGGCAGCUGGCGUGUUUGUGCAGUCAGCCGAAGUUCUGAUGGACGCGUUCGCACCGGUGAUUAGCUCUAACUGACGCCUGUCUUGAUAGAAAGGAAGGAGAGUCAAUGGUAAGUUCCUGGAGCGUCAGUUCAGAAGCUUGUCCUGUUGAUGUCUAAAGAUGACUAUGAGCGAAUCCCGGGUGAAUCGACCGAAGACCAUUGCUUUGCUGAUCAUUUGACAGUUUUAAAAGCAUGAACAUAAGAUUUUUUAUAUUUUAUUUCCCCUUAUUAAUUAGCCUAUUUGUAGUAAAAACAUUUUGGUGUUUUCAAGGAGCCAUGUAAAUGCGUGACUUUCAAACUUACGUGACAUUUGCGUUACAGUUGGCCUUGUGCCAUUUGAUUCCUUCAAAUGUUUUCUCUCCCUUUCAUUAAUCGCCUGUUCAUGUUCGGCAUGCAUACACAAAGUUAAUUUAUAAAGUGUGAUUUCAAACCACCGGCGUAUAGGGACUGAUAUUUUACAGAGGAUUGAUUAAAGUUAUGUCCUGUAAUAUAUCCCUGGAGUUUGCAUUUUUUUUUUUCUCCGGUCACGAUUUUCUUGGUAUUUCAUCGAGCCUUGAUGUUCGUUUGCCGCAACAAGCUAGAUUACAAUGAUUUUCUUACACAAUAAAUUUAUUCCAGAUGGUAAAAGCCACCGACAAGAAAGAACAAAAUUUUUUGGAUGUUUUGAUUACCUAACGUCCCACAUUUUUGGAGGAAAAUAUCGGUCCUCAAGGACUAGUUCAGGUCAACUCUGUGGUCCUGGUAUAUCCCAGAAUCCACUUAAGGCUGAAGGAAAACUGUGAUGUUCAGAGAUGUUCGUGAUCAUCAUAAGCUGGAUAUGAGUAGAUAAACUGUUGAAGUUUCAUAACUGGGACAAUGUUUAUCAAUGCGGAGAUGUGAAUGGAAAACUUAAUCUUUUUGUACCAAGAUUAGACCAUGUUUGAUGGUGUUUUCGGAUAUAUCGGUACGUGGUCUAAUAAAGGGACCCUCGUUCUUUUCUCCUCUAAUCAAACAUCUGCUGGACCAACAGCGAAAAUUGAUUCGGCGAGUAACAUGUCAGGAAAUUCUGUUUCGAUUGAGAUCCAAACUCUUCAAGAGAAAAUCAACAAGUUGAUCAGAGAUAAUCAAGUUUCGAGCAGUUAAAGGAAUUUUGAGAAACAUAGGUGCAGGAUCCAAAUCUUGGUGGUCAACAGUCAAUUCCUGACAGGAAGGGGAAGUCUACCAACUCAUAAAGUAAGCUCAAUUAUCUCCCCGAGCGAGAUCAAUAAUUUUUCUGUUCCAUUAACACUGAUCCCUUUAUAAACCCAUUGACACUGUCACUAUCCGGAAUCAAGGAGAUGCCUGUUUAACGGUCUCCAGUAUUUACCAGGAGUCUACUGAAAUUAAAAAGAACUGCCUCUGGUCCAGAUGGAAUCCCGUACUGGUUUUGGAAAAAGAGGUUUGCACGACCUCGCUCCUAUUGUUCUAUAUUUUUCAACUGUUCUUUGGAAAUCCACAGCUGCCCUGAUCUUUUGAAAUUGGCCGACAUAGCUCCCUUGCCUAAAAGCCCAACUUUAAAAUUGCCCACAGUUGCGGCCUAUUUCGCUGACUAAUGCAAUAAUGAGGUUUUGAACGUCUUUGCUACAGACAAAUUAUCUCAAUAUAUGAAGAACUUCAUUAGCUUCGACCAGUUGCAUACCAUAAAGGCACAAGUAAACAAUGGCCUUAAUUAAGGUAUCAAUGUCUUGGCUAAGAGUAAGCGAGUCGGGUUUGAUUGUGUUGGGAAUCUUUACUCUUUUGAUUUCAGCAAAGCUUUGAUUCAGUCCCUCAUGAUAUCCUCUGCUCCAGUUGAAAACCUUGAUAUAAAUCAUACAUGACCAACGAAAAUUUGGAUUAUUAGUUUUUUACAGAACAGAACGGGGUUGUUGUUGAUGCCAUUGUCACGGACUAUGUAAAUAUCAAUAGAGUGUCCCUCAGGGACAGUUUAGACCUAUACCAAUUUUUCUAUUAUGGUCAAUGAUAAUAAGGUCAUUCUACCAAAUCAAAUUUACUUGUGAAAUAUGCUGAUGAUUUAACAUUAAAAUAUUUCCAGUAAAAUCGCUGGCUAAUAACGGCGAAUUUAGCAGCUGAGGAGGUCCGAUCGAUCGUCGCGGACAUCUGCUAAUCGUAGCCGCUAAACUGAAAACGUGGGAGAUGUUCUUAGAGGCAAAUCCAAAUCCACUAAGGCCUUACCUGCUCCUCUGGUUUCUAUAGGCGUAAACCAUGUCCACAAGUUGUUGGUGUAACUUUUCAAUCUGGCCGUAACUGGGACUUACAUUUUGAUAUUAUAUAUCGAAAGCCAGUAGUCGUCUGUACAUCUUACGUGUUUUGUAAAUUCUAUGGACUGCCGCUGGAUCAUCUUCAUCUUUUUCUUUAUCAGUCUUAUUCACCUAUAUUUACAUAUGCUGGCUUAGAAGUAUGGGGCUGCGUAUUAUCCAUAAGUAUCUAGUCACAUAGACGGGCUGUUCAAGAGAGGCUUUUAAACGGCUGCUGUAAAACUUUUCGGUGAAAAUAUUAUCAUUCUAAAAAGAUGAAAGUUGUAGGCCAGAUCACCAAACAGCAUUUACCAGCGGCUUUAGAUGACCUUUUGCCACCAGGCGAACAAUGGAUUACGCUACGUAAGAGCGCCAUAAUUAUAUUCUCCCGCUUAUCAGAACUGAACGUUUCAAAAGGACCUUUAUUAAUAGAUGUUUGUUCUCUUAUUAGUUAUUCAGUUAGUAAUUUAGUUGGUUUUAUUAGUUUUAAUACUUACUGAUUUCAUAUCAUUAAUAACUAAACGUUUGUUGUUUGGGGCUUAAUAAAGACUUAUUAUUAUUAUUAAUUAAACGUUUGAUUAAUGAGAAGCACUGAAAAUCCUUUUAGUCCACAUCGACCGAUCGAUAAAAGCAUAGACACUUAUGUCCUCCUUUGUGCUGCAUCAUCUCCUUUUGAGCUAUGUUAACUUUUCGAAAAAGUUAAACCAGAUAAUAUUCUGCUCCAGCUAAGUUUGUAUGCAAACCUGAACCGGAACUGAUAAAAAUAAACAUGCAGAUUUGCUGACUGGAAGGUGUUCUGUGUUCUUUAUUUGGUUAAGGAGCGCGUUACAGCGAUUGCAUGAAAAAGCAGAAUUUUGCGUGAGUUCAGUGGUCAGGAGAUCCUAUGAUUCGUUACAUCAACAAGGUACGUUUUAUCAAAGGUCCGUCGACGUGCAUUUUGGCUCAUUGUCUGAUUUGCAUACCGUGGAUUUUCAUCAUGGUGGAAUCACAACAGAUGAACUGCUUAAAGGCUAUGACAGGGACUUUGUAGAAAUGCGUUGAUGAAGGUUGCAAUGUUUGAUAUAUCAUUUACCUUAAAGAGCCAGAUUCAAACGAGAUGUGGCCACCAGAUUUUACAAAAGAUUGCCUUGAAGAAUACAUCAGAAGGUACAAGUUUUGUAGAAACAUUAGCGCGAUAAUGGAUCCUUGUAAUCUCAUUGUAAUUUCAUUUGAUCAUUCUAAAGUUAUCAGAGAAUUUCUUGGAGCCCGCAAGUCAGUUAUCAUUACCUGUAGAAAACUUUUAUUCCAACAAGAGAAAUUUAUCGCUGAUAUGGUCGAUAUCAUAGUUCAAAUGAUAAAGUCUCUUUUUAAUAAUUAAAACUAAUACAGGUAUUGUUUCUUAUUGGCACUUGAAUUUAUAAGUUCUAAUUGAGCAGCAGAAUUGUAAAUAUUUCUUUAACUUUUUUUCGAUGCGUGACACGAUACAUUUUGCGCACUAUUUGAGGAAAUAUCUCUCUGUCCAAAGGUUAUAACUCUUACGAAAGCGAAAAUCAAAUGGACUAACCGCGCGUAUGGCGUCGAAGAGUUACUAUUUUUGCAAAAUCGACUAAUGAUCAUAUGGCAAAAAUGUAUCUCACUUAAAAUUACUUCUUGGCGAAAAUAAAAAAAGAGGGAGGCCAAAUCUUGGUGAUAUACUAAUUUGUAUUAUUUAAUGUAUUUUUGUGACAUGAAAGAGGUCACGUGUCACCAGAAAUUACUGCUUUGAAAUGAAUAAAAAUCCUUCCUUAUCAAUUGGCGAUUCUCCAAAAUCCUUUGUGAAACUACCUUUUACCUUAUAAGAAAAAUAUCACUGUAUUAUUCCAUUGGUUUCGUUACAUCUUGCCUACUUUCGUUUACGUUUCGUUUCGUUUAUGGCAAAAUAGAGAUAGCCUAAUUAUUUCUGACGUGGCGCUGAAUUUAUAUAAUCUAUUCAACCUAUUGUGAAAUAUGCCUUUACCUUUGUCAGUGCGUGACGCGAGAUAUUUUUCCGCACUAUGAAAUACUCUCUCUCAAAAGAGUUAUAGCCCUUACAAUCAAGCGGAAAUCAUAUGAACUAAUUGCGCAAUGUACGCUUGUCUUAUAUUUGAAAAUCAUUCAGGUUGAAUGCUGGCAACUGCUAACAACACGUCAGUUUUGUUAUUCAUAAGAUCCCGAAUGACUCUUCCCGUGACAUAAGGUGUAUUGAGCCAGUGGUUAUAACAACAGCAGCUAUUGCUCAAAAGACACCUAGCUUAUAAGUGUCUUUUGACUGAGUUGUUGAAAAUAUUUUCAUUUGCCCUGAUCUUGCCUGUAACAUCCAAUGAUAUCUUAUAAGAUGAAGUUAAGGUUUUAAACAAAACAGUGGAGUUGCUAAAAAAGCAAAUUCUGUGGCAGUUCCACAAUCGAGACCACAAUUUUAUUCCUUGGCAUCAUAUCGCCACACGAUAGAAUAAUCUGAAAUUCAUUUGCAUUGCAUCAAACAAAAACAUUGGAGACAUAUUAAAUACCUUGCGAAAUGGGCAUGACCUCAUCAUGUUUUGCCCCUGGCAAAAAUCGUGGACAAACGGCCGUUUUGGAUGGGAUCUGGUACAAAUGAUCCAGUAUCUUUCUUUUCUACAUUUACAUUCCAUAAGUUCUUUUUUUUAAAAUUGAGACUUUAUUCUUUAACCCUUUAACUCCCAAGAUCUCAUCAGUAAUUCUCAUACUGUCUAUAUAGUUCUUGUGAUGUUAGUUUGAGAAUUUGGUAUUGGAUCAAUAAUGAUCUAACUGAUAUUUCUCUUUAUUCUCGUGCUUGUCACUUUAUAUGUAUGUUAUGGAGAAAUUCUGUCUUGGUCGCGGGGUUAAAGUUAAUGUCGAUUGCAUCUUUGUUGUUGAAAUUCUUUCUUAUUAUUCUCGUUCAUGAAGAUAAUUUUUCUUUGGAAUCAUUUGUUUAUGCUUUCCUUUUAUUUCUUCAUCUAUUUAUUUAUUUUUAUUUUCCUUUGUUUGCUUUGUCGUUGCUGCUUUUGGUCAAAGUUGUGAGUUCUUUAAUAUCAAUUGUUUUGUCUUUUUAAGUGCAGUUUUGGCUUUAUUUCUCUAUUGCUUUCAAAUUAAUUGGGUGUAAGAGGAGAAAGUACCAUUGACAAUAAAACAUUCAAAGUAAGAGUACAGUUAAAAGUGCUAAGAAGAAUAUUUGCAGAAGACAUUGGGGUUAGGCCCAUUGAAAAUAUAACCCCAAAAUAUCAAUGCCAUUUUAUCCAGUUUUGGUGUUAGAAAUCAUCAUUGUUAUGUAUUUCUUUAAAUCAGUAAUGGAUAGCUAUGAGUAAAGAAAAUGCAAAUCAUGACCCUAAAGUAAAUAAUGGUGUAUCAGCAGAACAUUUGCUGCAGCAACUUUGAAAUAAGGAUCAAAGAUUUUUAACUAUCUAAAAUUUUCUUCCUAUUUUCCGACCACCAACAGGCAUCAGAGGAAGGUCAGUCUAUAAUUUGUCAGCAGACAGACAGAGUCUGGACCAAGACCAGAUAAAUAUUCCUUCAAGUUCUAGCAAUGACCGUCUAGCAUUCCAUGAUAUCUUGUUCGGCUGAGAUCCUCCACUCAGGACAGACUUUUAUUACACUGUUAUAAUUGUGAGUAUGCUUAAUGCGAUAUACAUGCCAGCUUUUAAUGUGUAGUAGUGAUACAACCCAGAACUUCCAAACAACCAGACGAAUUAAUAGGAGUUCUUCAUCCUGUCAUCGAUCCUUGACGGGUCCUGUUGUUUAAAUAAUCGCUAUCGUAAUAUAUAUUGCGGGAUGUUUUUUCCCGACAAAGCUAGAAAAUUCUUUCAUUGAUAAUCAAAUGUCAAGUGACGGCUGUGGAUGGACUAGAACUGUGAGGAACAAGGAGGUAGCUUUACUAAUACAAAUUCCAUAAUUAUCGAAAUAUGUAGCAGUUGUUUAUCCAUUAUCCAUGCUGUGGUAGGUUUUCACAGAAUAAGCUAUGAAAUCGCCUUCUCUGGUUUUAUUUUAUUCGUUUUGAUAGGUUCACCCUAGAAUCAUGUUCUUUCAUGCUCUUGGUGUGUGACCAUUUUUUUCUGUGGAACCAAAGUGCAAAACAUCUUGAACAACAACUUUCUGGUAUCCCUGGAGAUCCUUUACUGUGAAUGCUGUGUCCAGGCCCCACAGAAUGCCAAAUGCGGGUAAGAUCGUCAGUUAAAACGGUGAAAACACUACACCUUAAGAAGGAAAAUUUCACACCAAAAUUCUGGCUACCUUAGGUUAACAGUAUAAUCAAGGUGCUAACAAAUCAUUCUGUUUCAAGAAAACAAAAGUGCUUUAGGUUACCCUUUACUUCCUGCAUAUUCCUGUGAAUUCAAUGGAAUUUUGUAGUGCAAUAUAAAACAAAGUGGGACUAUUUAUAGAUUAGGUUUCUGCAGUGAAAUGAAAAACUAACGCCCAAUGAAGGAAUAUUUCCAGAUUCCUUACUGCAAUUCAUAGAUUUUUUCUAAUUAUUAGGAUCCUUAUCCAAAGUGCAGCUACAUUAACUUGUCCAAACAGCUGGUGCUCAAUUCCUAGAAGAAUGGUGAGACUUCUUAUUUCUUUUGCGUAUUCCAUUUGAAUACAUUUCUUAUUCUUAAUAUUCUAUCCCUCCACCCAUAGAUUUAAAUCCUUCAAUAAACCCUUAGCUAGAUCAUUGAGAGCAUUAAAUAUUUUGUCAAAUCAAUUUCCUCAUUACAAUAGUUAACGCUGUCUGUUAUAUAACUUUCGAGGUUUGAUGAAACAGCGUGAGCAUACCGCUAUCAACACCUUCUCAACAGGUAAUUGAUGGAAAAUUUUAACUUCCCCAAGUAAGAACCAGAACUAUAUAUGCUCACAAUUGGUGAAUUGCUUAAGCUACCACGAUCUAGCGUAUCAUUAAGUGACCUAUAAGAUUUACUCGUGGAAAAUUUAAUACAGUAUAUAAAAGUAAUCAAGAGCUCGUAAGCCAAUAGACAAAUCUUUCUUUCAGCUUCAAAAAAACAAAUUCAAAUAUGAAAAGACUUAUGCGUUGUUCAUCAAUUUGUUAGUAUCUUCAAAAUGAAUUUGAUCACCGUAUCUACAAAUGUGGUGAAAGUGCUACAAGCUAAGAUUUCAUUGUCCGAUUUGCUUUGGAAAUUAAAUCAGAAGUUAAUCCAACAUUUAAAAUGAUAAAACUUUUGAAAUUUAGUUGUUUUAGAAACUACUGCCCUACCCUAAAGAGAUACGCUGUAACCAUGAACUGGAAACGUUGAAUCGUUUAAUUUUGCAAAUAUAUUCCAACGAAUAUUUCUGUCCCUUUCGUUCGUGAGUUUAUUCAUUUUGUUUUAUGUGAUUCCAGGUUUCAACUCACGCUGAGACAGGUGUCCACAUUAAGUAUAAUUUCCUGUCCCAUAUGCGCAUAUGGGCUGUCAAACAAAGGUAGUAAGAACAAAGUAUUCGAUGUUAAGAGUAAAAUUAUUUACAUAGCUGUUUCAAGAUAAAUAGAAAUAACCAAAGUAUAAUAAUCAGCAGUCCGCUAGAUGUAUGCAUGCAGCACAUUUCUAAUCCUCUGAGCUAUAUUGCAUUAAAGCAAAUGUUGCAUCAAACAAAUGUUCCCAAAAUAAAACUGUUUAAUAUACAUGAAACAAAUUCCUCUGCUUCCUACUUUUAUUUUUCUGUUUCGUGAUGUUGUGUUGAAAGUUCCAGCAUAAAGGCUGCCAAUGGAAAAUUGCCGUUAUUUUGAGCUUCAAAGACUUGGAACGGAACCAACUGAAAAGUACUGCGAAAAACAGAAACUCCCCUUCUUUUGGUUUUCAAAACUUCAUGUAAAAGUCCAUAUUUCAAAUGUACACAGCUGAAAUAGACAUAGUCCCACUGUCCACUUUCAUCUGUUUGAAAAUGUAACCAAAUAAUUCUCUCAGUAUUUGACCAGAGUCACUUAAUGACUCCCUGGAACUUACAUUUAAUGAUAUGAAAUCCAAGUGAUGAAUUAAAGACGCUAUGUAAUAAGAGAUUCACUUAUUCUUGUAGAUCCAACGACAAGCAGUGGCAUCUCAUCUAGAAUCUGCCACAAGAGUCCAUCUUGACAUAGUUAGUAUCAAGUUGCGUGAAACGGAAGUGAAGUUAGGGUACACAGAUAUCAAGCUGAAUAACACAGAGACUGUGUUGUCUAGGACAAAAUCGGAGCUGAAGGAAGCCAUGGAAUUAUUGCACACAACAACAUUUAUUUGGAAGAUUGACUGUUGCAGUGAAGCACUGAAACAAGCUAAGAUCGGAGAGAAAAGUGCAUUAUACAGUGAUCCAUUCCACACAAAAACUGGAACAGAUAGUUAUGGCUAUAAGAUGAAAGUGCUUAUUUAUCCCAAUGGUAAUGGAACUGGCAAGAAUACUUACCUGUCUGUGUUUAUCAUAGUUAUGAAAGGUGAAUAUGACGCCAUAUUACCAUGGCCCUUUAAGAAGAAAGUGAAGUUCGAAUUGAUUGAUCAACAGGAAGAUCCUGCCCAACAGGAAAACGUUACUAAAGAGAUCAGAUGGAGUCAUAGUCGAGCCUUUUCCAGGCCCACAGAAGAAGGAAACCCAGGGAGGGGUUUUGGACAGUUUGUAAGUCAUACGAAACUUAAUACAAGGCAGUACAUCGUGGAUGACACUCUAUUUCUUCGGAUUACGAUUAGCUCACCAACUAAUUGA